AUGGCCCUUCACAUCCAUCAAUUCAACAACAUUCACACACACACACACAAACAAGAGAGAAAAAGACACUCUUUUUUCUUUCUCAAAACUUUGAUUGAUUAAUCCUAUCAAUCAAAGAUAUGGGAAAUAGUCUAAGGUGUUGUUUGGCUUGUGUUCUUCCUUGUGGUGCUCUAGAUUUAAUUCGUAUUGUACACUUAAAUGGACAUGUAGAAGAAAUUACAAGUCCAAUCACAGCUUCUGAAGUUUUGAAAAAUUAUCCAAAUCAUAUUUUGAGUAAACCAUGUUCUCAAGGUACAAUGGCUCGCCGGAUUUUGAUCUUGUCGCCGGAAUCCGAGCUCAAAAGGGGUAGUAUAUAUUUCUUGAUUCCGGCAGCUUCCGUGCCGGAGAAGAAAAAAUCCGGCAACCCCAUCAAGAAAUCAUCCAAAAGUAUUAAAAUCAAGAAAUGCCACGUCAGCAUCCCCGACGGUGACCGGGAUUUAAGCGAUGAUACGACGCCGAAAAUGAAGAAGUCGUCGUCACGUAGGGACCGCCGGAGCGGUAAGGUGGCUAUAUGGAAGCCUCAUCUUGAGAGCAUCUCAGAGGACUAAGCGUGUUUGGUACGACGAAAGUUAUUUUUCUGAUACAUAUUUUGGAGGAAAAACCAAACCUUUUUUUGUUUACCCUUUUGAAGGGUAAUUUCCUCUUCUUUUUUUUCUUUUUUUUUUCAUUUUUCUGGAUAUAUUUUCUUUUCUUUUUUUAUUUUUUUAUUUUCCAUCUGCAUGUAAUAAUAGCAGAUUUGGAUUAAGAGCAAUGUUUAGCCUAAGGAAAUUUACAAGAGAGAGAUAGAGAGUGAAUUUGAAAGUUGUACUCAAAAUGAGGAAAUGGUACUUUGAAAAGUAUCUUUUUGUUUUUCCUCUUUCUUGUAAAUUUAUGGGGCUUCAAUAUAACUUAUUUGUUGUUAUAA